AUGGACUAUUCGGCCAUCUCCAAUGAUCCAGAGCACCCGGCAGACGCCUCUCCCUGGGGCUCUCCGCGUGCCGACCGAUCAGCCUUCCCCACCUCCGUCAACGGCGACCACCCGGCAUCUCCGUCGCCUGCUCAGCGCCAGUCGUCCGAGGCUGCGGCCAGAGAUAAUGACGAUGUAGCUCAAGCAGCAGAUCUGUCGGCGCAGUUGCAGAGUCCUCAAUUGGGUGAUCCGGAUUACGAUGAACCGUUUGCUGCGCAACGCCAUCAGCAACUCCCCGCGCGCUACCAAACAGGGUUACGACCGACCUCUCGCCCACCGGCGCCCGCUUAUAAGAUCCAAGCCAAGAUUACCGGCCUGGAGAGAACAGGGAAGAAGGAUCCGGUCCUUCGGUUUGAUGUGCAUACCAAUAUCCCCAAAUUCCGUACGACUCAAUACCGUGAUGUCCGCCGCACGCACUCCGAAUUCAUUAAGCUCGCCGAUCAUCUGCUCUCGGCUAACCCAGAAGCAUUGGUUCCUGCGGUGCCUCCGCCAGUGACUCCAGCCGGUGCCGGGACCGAGGAAGACGAGAUUCGAGUCAAGGCCUCCAUGCAGCGCUGGCUGAAUACAAUCUUGAGCAACGACAUCCUGAUUCAGGACGACGAGGUCAUGCUCUUCGUCGAAAGUGAUUUCGGCUACAGCCCUGUGCUGCGUAUGAAGCAGCCUGCAACAGGUGUCCGUCGCAAGAUGCUAAAGCAGUUUGCGCCUCCCCCCGAUGAUACUCCCGAACUGCAAGCGGCUCGUCCAAUUGUGAAGAUGUUUUAUUUGGGCGCCAUGGACACGAGCCACAAAGUCGACCGCGUGGUCAAGUCUCGGAGGGGUGUUGGGCUUGCCGAGUCUGAUUUUGGUGUGAAGCUCGGUCAGAUGGCUGUGCAGGAAACUCAUCCUGGCCUGGGUACGGCCUAUCGAAAGCUUGGCAAAAUCAUUCAGACUGUGGGUGACUACCACGCGAUACAAGCCACUGCCGAAGCGACCACGUUGGGCGAGCCGCUGAGUUAUCACUCAUCCGAUGCAUUCAUUGUCAAGGAGACCCUGACGAACCGCCACAUUUUACUGCGAGAGCUACUUCAAGCACAGCAAACCUCUCGAAGCAGGCGGUCCGCAGCAGACCGACUGAAGGUCAGCUCCUCGGUCCGCUCCGAUAAGGUGGACGAGGCGCUCAAUGCUCUCGAGGAGGCCGAGAGUCAUGAGGAUUACCUGACCAAGCGAACCCAGCGCGUGACGACCAAUCUGCUGCAGGAGAAACGGAAAUGGUUCGAUCGGACUACGAACGACCUGCUUUCAAGCCUGCGCGAGUACACUCUGCGCCAAAUUGAAGCUGAGCGGCGGACUCUGGCCACACUGGAAAGCGUCCGACCGGACAUCCGUAGCAUUGAUGCUUCCGGUGGUCUGAGCCGCCUCGGUCGCGAAGCCCAUCCUGCCGUGCGACGAGCAAACAUGUCGUCGAGUCAGGGCCCCAAGGGUGAUGCGUGGAGUGGCAUCCCUCGACGAUCGGAUACUCUGGGUCGGAGCAUGAGUGGAAGCUUCACUGGCCCGGGUGAUGAGGAGGGCGAGGAGGAGACCAUGGCCGAAUCCACUCAUGGUCGAGCACGCGCAACCAGCCAGGUCGGAUCUAUUGCCGAGGAAGACGAGGAUCGACUCGAUGCACGCAAUGCGGCCAGUCGACUUGCGACCAGCACGUUCUGA